GUAGCAGGAAGGGAUCCUUUCGCGGCGCUAUUCCUUUCUCUGCCUGGGGCGCGAGAGGGAUCGGGGUGUGUGUGUGGGUAACUCGUGCGCGUUCGGAUCGGAUCGAAGAAAAAUGAACGCAGCCAGCCGGAGGGUGGUGAAGGAACUUGAUGCCAUUAAGAAAUUAAGAUUACGAUACUUUCGGGAUAUUCAAGCAGAUGUGACCAAUAUUCUCCUUUGGAAAGGACUUUUAGUGCCGGAUAAUCCUCCAUACAAUAAAGGGGCCUUCUGGAUUGAGAUAAGUUUUCCAUGUGAGUAUCCACUCAAGCCUCCUAAAAUAAGCUUCAAAACCAAGUUCUACCAUCCCAAUGUGGACGAGAUGGGUCAAGUGUGCCUGCCAAUCAUCAGCGCAAAGAAGUGGAAUCUUAAGACAAGGAUAGACCAAGUAAUUCAGGCCUUGAUAGAGCUGGUAAAUAAACCUGAUAUAAAACAUCCACUGCGCGCAGACUUGGCCAAGGAGUUCGACGAAGACCAUGAGAGAUUCCUGUUACAAGCUGAAGAGCACACCUGUAAAUUCAGUGAGAAGCGCCCAUGUGAGUGACCUGUGCUCAGCAACUGGAGUCCACCUUAUAUAAUUUUUUGGCUUCACAAGUCCUUGUCUACCAAUGGGAUAGUAGAGAAGAAGGACCAGACAAAAAAAAUGUGCAUGAUGAAAAUUUGGACUUUUCUGAGUUUAAAGCCAGAACUACUCAUUUGAGGAACAUUUAUAUGCUUGAAUAAGCAUAGGUUCAAUGUUAAAAUACAGAUGCAUCUGAAUUAAGUUAAACAUUUGUGACUCUUCAUGGUACGGAUGAAAACCUGUGUUACUUUCCCCAUCCUGGAGCUAAAAAUCUAUUACCCGAAAGGAUAGUUCUGGCUUUAAAGUCAGUAUUGGAUUUCAAUAAAUUUCAAAUUGAAUUGAGGAAAUGACAUAGUUUUUUUAAAACAGAAUAAUAUUUUCCCUCAAAAGAACAGAACAAAUUAGGACAUUUGCAAAGUUACAGGAGUACAUCAUAGGAUGUAUUUCA